CUCGCGAUCUUUCCGAAGCCGAACUUCCACGCGGAGUUCGAGCGCGUGUACCAAGGCGGGAGGGCGGAGACUGUGCGGGAGGGAGAAACCCCUUGGCUUCCCCUUACAGACGCCUGCGAGGAAGAGUGGUGUCCACUCCCCGAUUCAGUGUCUCGAUGCCCAGCGCCAGCGCCAGUCGCAAGAGUCAGGAGAAGCCGCGGGAGAUCAUGGACGCGGCGGAAGAUUAUGCUAAAGAAAGAUAUGGAAUAUCUUCAAUGAUACAAUCACAGGAAAAACCAGAUCGAAUUUUGGUUUUGGUUAGAGACUUGACAGUACAAAGAGCUGAUGAAGUUGUUUGGGUACGUGCAAGAGUUCAUACAAGUAGAGCUAAAGGGAAGCAAUGCUUCUUAGUUCUACGUCAGCAGCAGUUUAAUGUCCAGGCUCUUGUGGCUGUGGGAGACCAUGCAAGCAAGCAGAUGGUUAAAUUUGCUGCCAACAUCAACAAGGAAAGCAUCGUAGAUGUAGAAGGCGUUGUGAGAAAAGUGAAUCAGAAAGUUGGAAGCUGUACACAGCAAGAUGUUGAGUUACAUGUUCAGAAGAUUUAUGUGAUCAGUUUGGCUGAACCCCGCCUGCCCCUGCAGCUGGAUGAUGCCAUUCGGCCUGAGGUGGAAGGAGAAGAGGAAGGAAGAGCUACUGUUAACCAAGAUACAAGAUUAGACAACAGAGUCAUUGAUCUCCGGACAUCAACUAGUCAGGCAAUCUUCCGUCUGCAGUCUGGCAUCUGCCAUCUUUUCCGAGAAACUUUAAUUAACAAAGGUUUUGUGGAAAUCCAGACUCCUAAAAUUAUUUCAGCUGCCAGUGAAGGAGGAGCCAAUGUAUUUACUGUAUCAUAUUUUAAAAAUAAUGCAUACCUAGCUCAGUCUCCACAGCUGUAUAAGCAAAUGUGCAUUUGUGCUGAUUUUGAGAAGGUGUUCUGUAUUGGACCAGUUUUCAGAGCUGAAGACUCCAAUACCCACAGACAUCUGACUGAAUUUGUUGGUCUGGACAUUGAAAUGGCUUUUAGUUAUCAUUAUCAUGAAGUUUUAGAAGAAAUUGCUGACACCUUGGUACAAAUAUUUAAAGGACUUCAAGAAAGGUUUCAGACUGAAAUUCAAACUGUGAAUAAACAGUUCCCUUGUGAACCCUUCAAAUUUUUGGAACCAACUUUAAGACUAGAGUAUUGUGAAGCUUUGGCUAUGCUUAGAGAAGCUGGAGUUGAAAUGGGAGAUGAAGAAGAUCUGAGUACACCAAAUGAAAAACUAUUGGGUCGUUUGGUAAAAGAAAAGUAUGAUACAGAUUUUUAUAUUCUUGAUAAAUAUCCAUUGGCUGUAAGACCUUUUUAUACCAUGCCUGACCCAAGAAAUCCUAAACAGUCCAACUCUUAUGAUAUGUUCAUGAGAGGAGAAGAAAUAUUGUCAGGAGCUCAAAGAAUACAUGAUCCUCAGCUGCUAACAGAGAGAGCCUUACAUCAUGGAAUUGAUUUGGAGAAAAUCAAGGCUUACAUUGAUUCCUUCCGUUUUGGAGCCCCUCCUCAUGCUGGUGGAGGCAUUGGAUUGGAACGCGUGACUAUGCUGUUUUUGGGAUUGCAUAAUGUGCGUCAGACCUCGAUGUUCCCUCGUGACCCUAAACGACUCACUCCUUAAAGCCACCAUGCUCCUUACUCUUUUCAGGAAGUUACUAUUAAUCAGGUUGUACCUUAGGUACUUAAAAUAUGCAAUAGGAUAAUUGUCUUAUCUAAAGUGCCACAGUUGUUUUUUAAUUAAUUCAGUAUAGGUUAAUUUAGAACAGAAGAUUUUUAUAACUUCAGACAUACUUCAGUAGGAAAUGCUUGAACAUUUUAAAAAGAAGUUCAUAUAGUUUAUUAAAAAUCAUAUUCCAUUACUACAAUAAAUGUUAACAAGAGUUUUGAACAGUUA